CGCGGUUGUUGUUCUGUAUCUUGGAUCCUGCGUUUCCAGGACUCUUAACUGGGAUGAGGAAACGGCCAGGUCCCAGAACCAUUGCUAGAAAGUUAGACAGGACUUCGCUCCAUCGAUUCUUACUGUUUUCUGUGUAACAAGUUGUCCUUGAAUAGACUCAAAGGCAGAAGUCCUUCCCUCCCUGUGACAUUGGUUCCUGUAGAAACUCUUCGAGAGAAAGGACAGAUUCUGUUACCUGAAGAGGUUUCCGGCUGGCUUAUGUUGGAAGAGAUAACCACUACAGUACUUGGGAGUCAGGAUUUCAUGUGAGUCUUCAUGGGGAAGUGUAAAUGAAUCCUGAAUUAGGUCUUUGUGUAAAGUGAUGAGAAGAAUCUCUUUCCACAAAAAGGCAGUAUGUUGACUGUUGAGAGUGAGGAAUAUUUAUCUUUGAAAGCCACAAGCCAAAUGUCUACCCGAGACUCCUCUGAAACAAUCUGUAAGAACAAGCCACAAGCUCCUCAAGAAAACCAAAGACUUACAACUAAAGAGUGUGCUGACAAGAAUGUGAUUGAAGGGGGAGGUCUUCCUGCAGCCCAUCAGUCAGAAAAUCUUCAAAUGCAAUUUGCCUUUGUAACAGAACCGGUCUCACCCGUGCACAGUGAUGAGGAAGUUUGCCAAAAUGGCCAGUUGAAAGAAUCCUUGGAACCCCCAGACAGUAUGGACAAUGACACUUUUGAUGAGAAAUCAGAGGUGGCUACUCAGAGAGCUCCUACCCAGGAGAAAGCAUGCAGCCUUUCCAACGGUGGGGACACCCAUACCACCAGCUCAGAUGGUCAGCCCAGUGAGGACGAUUGUCUGUGUAGUCAAUGUGGUAAGGUCUUCAGUGACCGCUCAGCACUACAGCUUCAUCAGCGAGACCACAAGGAGGAGAAGCCCUACAAAUGCGAGCAGUGUGGGAAGGGCUUCACCAGGAGCUCCAGCCUGCUCGUCCAUCGAACCGUCCAUACAGAUGAGAAGCCUUACAAGUGUGACAGGUGUGGGAAGGGCUUCACCAGGAGCUCCAGCCUGCUCAUCCAUCACGCAGUCCACACGGGUGAGAAGCCUUACAAGUGUGACAGGUGUGGAAAGGGCUUUAGCCAGAGCUCCAAGCUGCACAUCCACCAGCGGGUGCACACAGGUGAGAAGCCCUAUGAGUGUGGGGAGUGUGGAAUGAGCUUCAGUCAGCGCUCCAACCUGCACAUCCACCAGCGAGUCCACACUGGGGAGAGGCCCUACAAAUGCAGCGAGUGUGGGAAGGGCUUCAGCCAGAGCUCAAACCUCCACAUCCACCGAUGCAUCCACACAGGGGAGAAGCCCUACCAGUGCUAUGAGUGUGGGAAGGGCUUCAGCCAGAGCUCAAACCUCCACAUCCACCGAUGCAUCCACACAGGGGAGAAGCCCUACCAGUGCUAUGAGUGUGGGAAGGGCUUCAGCCAGAGCUCAGACCUCCGCAUCCACCAGAGAGUGCACACUGGAGAGAAGCCUUAUCAUUGUGGCAAGUGUGGGAAGAGCUUCAGCCAGAGCUCCAAACUCCUCAUCCACCAGAGAGUGCACACUGGAGAGAAGCCCUACGAGUGCAGCAAGUGUGGGAAGGGCUUCAGCCAGAGCUCCAACCUCCACAUCCACCAGCGUGUCCAUAGGAAAGACCCGGUGGAGUGAGACCCUCAGUCUCAGUGUUCUUACUCCAAAGACUUCAGUUUUGUUUUGUUUUUUUCCCUGUUCAGUAUUUUUAACAUGGCUUUUACCUUUAUAUUCUGUGAAUAAUGAAUUAGCAACAGUUAUUCUGAUAAUUUUCCCUCACUGAAAAUCAUUUACAGUAUUGAAGUCCCAAGGAUUUUGUUGUGCUACACAGUUGGGUGAGUGGAUUGUUCUGGUUCUCGGGUGGGUAGAAUAACAGUGUCUGUACUCAGCAGAUUAGCCAGUAUUAUAGGAGACACACAUCCCACAUCCCACCCAGCAUUUUUAACUGGAAGGACUUAAUAUUGAUCCAAGCAAAACAUGUUUCCCUUUGUUCAUGUUCUUUAAGAAAUUGGAAUUCUGUUCUCUUAAAAUCAUGUGCCUUGUGUUUUUUGUA